GGGGCUUGGGGUCAGGAGCGGGCCCUGGGGGCUCAGGCUUCGGCAAGGCCUCAGACACCACGCAGCACCGGAGCAUGAAGCACGGCACAGACACCGUCCUGCAUGUGGAGUCCGCAGAGCCGAGCCAGACUGAGUUCUGCAGCCCUGCCUUUGAGCCUGAGUCGACUCCGUGGGCUGUGCCACUUGUGGCCCAGGGAUCCAGCCCCUCUGAACCCUCCCCCCCCUCCCCCUUCCUGUUGUCAGAGCUGCAGGCUGCACCCCCAUCUGGAGCCUCCUCUCCUCCGCUGCCCACCAGGGGCCUCAUCGCCACUGGCACCCCCUCCACCACAGCCACCACCCCCUCUCAGGCACCGAGGACCCCUAAAGGGCAGCGAGAGGCAAGCCUGAGCCUCACACCCCAGGCCUCCUGUGGGGGCCUCCUCCUGGGACCACGGGGCGUCUUCAGCAGCCCCAACUACCCAGACCCCUACCCGCCCGACACCCACUGUGUGUGGCACAUCCAGGUGCCCGCAGACCGUGCGAUACAGCUCAGGAUCGAAGCUCUGGGCACGGAGAGCAUGGCCUCCUGCCUCUUCGAUCGCUUGGAGAUCUCCCCCGAGCCGGAAGGCCCCCUCCUCAGGGUGUGUGGCAGGGAACCUCCCCCCACACUCAACACCAACGCCAGCCGCCUGCGCGUGGCCUUCAUCUCAGACAGCAGCGUGGAAGGGCGAGGCUUCCAGGCCUGGUUCCAGGCCGUGGCUCCGGGGCGCGGGAGCUGUGCCCAGAAUGAGUUCCCCUGCGACCAGCUCGCCUGCCUGCCCCCUGGCUUGGUGUGCGACGGUUUCGCCCACUGCGCCGAUGGCAGGGACGAGAGCAACUGCAGUGCCCAGGCCUCAGGAUGUGGGGGGAACCUGACGGGGCUCCAGGGCAGUUUCUCUGCUCCCAGCUUCCUGCAGGGGUACCCUCACCGACUGCUUUGCACCUGGCAUAUCUCAGUCCCCACCGGACAUGGCAUAGAACUGCAGUUCCUCAACUUCAACUUGGACGCCCAGGGGGAGUGCCAGUCUGACCACGUGGCGGUGUAUGAGGCCAGCAGCUCGGGGGCACUCGGCCUCCUGGGCAGGUUCUGUGGGGCAGAGCCGCCACCCCGCCUCCUCUCCUCGCGCCACCGGCUGGCUGUGCUCCUCAGGACAGGCCCUGGCGUCGGUGGUGUGGGCUUCUCAGCCACCUACCGGGCCCUGGACGCCACAGAGAAGCCCUGUGGGCCCACGGAGCCCUCCUGCCAGGACGAGGGGUGUAGGCACUGGAAUUGUGACCCGUGGCGAGACUGUGCAGCGGGCAGCCCGGGCAAGUGCGGCGGCCCCUUGUCCCCACCUCCAGAGCUGGCCUGUGAGCCCGUCCGAGUGGAGAUGUGCCUGGGGCUCAGCUACAACGCCACAGCCUUCCCGAACAUCUGGAUUGGCAUGGCCACCCAGGAGGAGGUGACGGAGGUGCUCAGAGCAUACAAGAGCCUGGCCCACCUUCCCUGCUACCCGAGCUUCCGGAGGCUCCUCUGCGGGCUGCUGGUGCCCCGCUGCACCCCACUCGGCAGCGUGCUCCCCCCUUGCCGCUCUGUCUGCCAGGAGGCGGAGCACCGGUGCCAGUCUGGCCUGGCACUGCUGGGCACCCCCUGGCCCUUCAACUGCAACUGGCUGCCCGAGGCCACAGACCUGGAAGCAUGUGCCCAGCCCUGACGCCGACUAGGCCCCUGUCCUCUGCCUGCCCAUCCUUUGCCUACCAGGGGGGCAGGCCAGGGACCACGGAAGGGGCUGCCUGGGGCUCUGCGAGCCUUCUCGGGGCCUCCGGGAAGGAGGGAACCCUCAGCAGGCUCAGGAGACCCGGCCACUGUCCCCGCUGCUUUCAGUCCCUGCACCUCCAGCUGUGCCACUGGCCACCCAGCCGCUUCCCUCCGAGCCUCUGACCCCCAUGUCCUGCCUCCUGCCUCCCCUUCCACCUGCUUCUCCAGGUGUCUC